GGUAACCGCCAUCAACGCCUAUAUAUAUAAACCACCCUCGAAAGAAUGGGGAUUUUCAUUUUUCCAAGGAAGGAGAUUGUGAGAGAAUUCUGGUCAAGAUGGCUCGUACAAAGCAAACUGCUCGUAAGUCCACUGGAGGAAAGGCUCCCAGGAAGCAACUUGCUACUAAGGCUGCUCGUAAGUCUGCCCCGACCACUGGUGGUGUGAAGAAGCCUCACCGCUACCGUCCUGGUACUGUUGCUCUUCGUGAAAUCCGGAAGUACCAGAAGAGUACCGAGCUCUUGAUCAGGAAGCUGCCAUUCCAGAGGCUUGUCCGUGAAAUUGCCCAGGAUUUCAAGACUGAUCUGCGUUUCCAGAGCCAUGCUGUUUUGGCACUUCAGGAGGCUGCUGAGGCUUACCUUGUGGGUCUAUUUGAGGACACCAACCUGUGUGCCAUCCAUGCCAAGCGUGUGACAAUCAUGCCCAAGGAUAUCCAGCUAGCUCGUCGGAUUAGGGGUGAGCGUGCUUAGACAACCCGAUCAUCUUGCUUACAAGUGAUGGUAGUAAGUUGUGGUGUUCUUUUUAGUCCAUCUUUGUUAAGGAAUAUAUAGGUAAUCGAUAGUCUCGAACUCUUAGCUAUGGCUGUAAUUCCUGUUGGGUUGUGUUUUGACAAUGAUUUCCAUUGGCUGGUGGUGGUGGUGGUGUGAUGAAUUAGUUGUUUUUGUCGUGGAUGAUGAAUGUUACUGGUAUUUCGUUUUGUGAAGAGUUAUGUGAUUUGAAAUAAGAAUAGUGAAAUAUAAGAUUGGUCAGAAUUUAGAAAUGUCGCCGUUGAUUUUA